AUGGGUAACUUAUCACUAAUCAAUAACACUUUUGCAUAUAAUCAGGGUCUAGAAGAAAACACCCCCACAAAGAUUGCUGGAGCUAUUUAUGCUAGAGUGCGCAAACUCCUUGGGGACGUGGAAAUUCGAAACAGUGAAUUCCUGUGCAAUUAUGGCGCGCUUACCAGCAUUUUUGCUCUUUACGUUGAAAAUUCACAACUCUCACUUCAGCCACGAGUGACAUUACAAAACUUGACCUUUGUCAACAACAGUUAUAACUUUAACUAUAGUAAAGGCAUCAUCAUCACUGAAGGCAUGGGCUUCAAAAUAAUGAGCUCCUGUAAAAUUCACGGAAAUUCUGGUGGGAUAGUGUACGUGUGCGAACCAGGUAUGUUAAGGUGCAGAGGGAAUGUUCUCGUGGAGGACACCAUGAUAAGUGGAAAUAACCAAUUUACUUUGUCAGUCAUAACUAAGAGUUUUCACUUGAAAAACGUUUCUUUUGUUAACAAUAGCUGCAUUAGGCCAUCUCAAUAUUCUGUUUUGCGAGUAAUGAGUGCGGUUAGUAAUAGUUCGUUCCACUUGGAUCAGAGCACUUUCCUGAACAAUUUUGGAGAACCAGGAGUAGUCCAUAUCGAUCUGUCCCUACUUGAAAAAAAGGCCGCCGACGGCCAGGUGAUCAUCAAUAACACUGAGUUCCGAGGUAACUUUGGAAGAUCUGAAGGCGUCCUUAAACUGCUCAAAGUUAAUACGAUUAAAAUUCAAAACUGCAAAUUCAUAAAUAAUUUUGGCGGCAUAGGUAGUUCCCACGCAAACGUGCAGCGGUGCCUAGGAAUGUUGAUAAUCAGAAAUACCUCCUUUAAUCAGUUUGACGAUUCUCAAGUUUUUGAAUCUGCGGGAGGACUUUCCAAACAUGUGGCACCAUACUUGGGAUUUUUGACGGUGACAAAUUCUGAAAACGUACUUAUGUGUAUACGUAACAGUUCGUUUGCUUCGGAUCCUUUCAGCACAGACAGCAUAGCUCUCAUUGUUGUAGAAGAAGUCCGCCCAGGACUGUUGGACAGCUCUGUGCGAAUUGAAACUCCGAUCAACACCAAACUUAAGCUGCGUAAUAUUACGGAAAUCUACGAACCUAUCAUUGGAAAUAAACAAGUCACGAUAUCGACUAUAUUUACCACCGAGCGAUGUCCUGAGGGAACCUACAGCAUUCACAGGGGAACUCGAAGAAGACUUAGUGACAAGCAUGUAAAUUGUUAUCCCUGCCCGGUUGGUGGAAAUUGCUCUUUACCUCUCGCUGCUCAGCCCAACUUUUGGGGUUAUCCUGAAAAAGAAGACAUUGUUUCCUUUCAGCUUUGUCCAGAAGGUUACUGCUGUUUGCCAUCUGCCGAUAACAAAUGCUUUUAUGACAACAACAGCUACAUGCUUUCCGGUUGCCAAGGCAAUAGGACAGGCAUCCUUUGCGGACAAUGUAAACAACAUUUCACUGAAGGUUUGUUUACAACAGAGUGUGUUCGAGCGAAAGACUGCACCCAUAGUUGGUAUUUGGUUGUUUUUUUCGCACUCACGUCAUUAUUUGCCUUGUAUCUCGUUAGAAAACCCCCAGUGUUUGAGGAAGUGGGAAAACAAUUAACAUGGUUCAUUCCGAGACGCAAAGAGGGCAAUAACCAAGUUAUUUGCAGCCUAGACAGCACGGCCAGAAAAAGUGUUUCUCCGAAUUAUGGCUUUUUGAAAAUUAUCUUUUACUUUUAUCAAGUGGCUGGAGUUUUGACUGCGUCGUCAUAUGGGGUCAAAAACCUAUUGAGAAAUAAGAUUGCCUUGCCCGUUACUAAUCUUUUUAACUUAAAACUAUAUGCUAAUAUAAACUGGAGGAUCUGUCCUUGGCCGAUUUUAACACCACUUUUGAAAACAAUGUUCCACUUGGUGACAGUCAUGACAAUUCUCUUCUCGAUACCAAUUAUUUACCUUCUGCACAGCGGUCUAAACAAACUACGCAAGCGCAGGCCAACUUUUCCGCCAGCUGGUCCUUACCUUGGAGCUGUCCUGGAAAUAAUGUUGCUAGGGUACUCAGCAGUGGCUGGUACAAUAGCGCGAUUACUCCACUGCGUAAGCAUUCAAGAAGUGCACCGCUGGUAUUACGAUGCCCAGUACGUUUGCUGGCACCAAUGGUGGCAGAAAGCUGCUAUUGUCGUCACUGCCCUGAACUUGUUUCCGUUUAUAUUCACGUUGUCUGUUGGUUCGGUGCAACUCUAUCGGGCCAAGAUUUCAGGGAAGAAAUUUCUGCUGGCCAUCAUCCUACCUUUACCUUAUCUUCUCUUUGUUUUGUAUGACUGCGUAAAGAAAAAAAUAACCAGGAGAGCGGACUAUCAAGAAAUCCCUUCAACUGCCGGCUCAGUUCACGACGAAGGACAAGACACAGAUUCUUCCACAAGUAUCAGAGCGUCACUUCUUGAGGUUCUAUGCGGUCCAUUUACAAAGCCACAAGAUGACAAACCAAACGGAAGAAUCUACUGGGAGAGCAUUCUGAUUGGUCGUCGAUUCUUCCUAAUUGUGAUUGGUUGGUGGCAGUUGGACCAUGCGCUUAUGCGUUCUGUGUGUCUGACAAUCCUUUGCCUCUUUUAUUUGUGGCAUCACAUAUCCCGGGAGCCUUUCGCCCACCCUUGGGUCAACUUCACCGAAACCGUCUCCUUGGUAGCCUUGGUCGUUAUAGGAGUACUAAACGUGGGCCUUGCAUCGACAGGAAGUGACGUCAGCGGUAUCAAUCAACGGUAUUUCCCCAUUCUUUUGAUGUCAGAGGCAGUAUUACUGAGUGUUAUACCUCUUGUUUCCGUUACUUUCCUCAUCUUGUGCCUUCUUUCGCAAAUUGUACGGGUGGUGAUCUUCUUAUGGAAAGCUGCUCGAGCAAGAUGGUUAAUUUUUAAAAGAAAGUAUAACAUACAGUUGUCCGUCCAGGGUGGAGACGAGAGUUAG